AUGGCUUCAAUCGACGUCAAGGAGCAUGACGGCGUCAGAAUCGCUGUUGAAGGUUGCGGUCACGGCACGCUGCACGCGAUCUAUGCGUCAAUAGAUGAGUCAUGUCGCAUCAAGGGCUGGGACGGUGUCGAUUUACUCAUCAUUGGAGGCGACUUUCAAGCAGUAAGAAACCAGCUUGACCUCAAUGUCACCUCAAUGCCACAAAAGUACCGGAAGAUGGCCGACUUCCAUGAGUACUACAGCGGUGCCCGGACUGCACCAUACCUCACUAUCUUCAUUGGAGGGAAUCAUGAAGCCAGCAAUCACCUCUUUGAGCUUUACUACGGUGGAUGGGUAGCCCCAAACAUCUACUACCUUGGAGCCGCCAACGUCAUCCGGUUCGGACCUCUUCGCAUCGCUGGCCUCACGGGUAUCUGGAAAGGAUAUGACUAUCGUAAGCCUCACUUCGAACGGCUGCCGUACAACCGCGAAGAGACUGGUAGCAUAUACCAUGUUCGAGAACUCGAUGCCAGAAAGCUGCUGUCUUUGCGUUCGCAAGUUGAUAUAGGUCUGUCCCAUGACUGGCCGCAAGGGAUCGAGAUGCAUGGUGACUAUGAAUGGCUGUUUCAUAACAAACGAGGAUUCGCAGAGGACUCCAAAUCCGGAAAAUUAGGCAGCGUUGCAGCAAGAGAGUGCUUAGACCGACUGAGACCUCCCCACUGGUUCUCGGCCCAUUUGCAUACCAAGUUUUGUGCUAUACUGCACCAUGACCCAACCGACCCUGUUGUCAGAGCCAUGACGAACAAGCGCAACGGUCGUCGAAGCCCGACCACUGAAGAUCGACCACAAAUCUUUGGAUGGCAACAGUUCCAUGAUUCUGCUCGACAAGCCGACACCAAGGAACAAGACGAGAUUCUCAAAGACCGGGAGAAUCGAAGACUGGAAGAACAAAAGACUGGAAUCUCUUCUGGUCCACAAUACACCUUCAAUGAGACCUUCAACCAAGUUGGGUCCGAAGAUGGCUUCGAGCGCAAGGUCAUCUCCACGACUCAACAUCAGACGAGUGCGGAGGAAGAGGAUCCCUCGAUCUCGAUCUCGAACCUCGAUGGCUGUGGUUUCUCGCGACCAACAAAACGUCAACGACUCGGGGACGAACCAGCUGACGGCUCAGUAGCCAAACCAAAUGGUGCACUUCACACAAAUGGCGCCUCUGCUAGCUCGACAUUACUACCAAGAAGCGGGGUCGACAAUCCCGAUGCUAUUGACAUCGAUAUGAGCGACGAUGAAGAGACGAUUACCCAGGCAACUCCUGUACCCGUCCCCCAAGGUAUAUCCGCUAAGGCAGCCAUUGAAGAUAGCGUCAAGCCGCACAACAUUUCGCAAAGCAACUCCGAAGAAAGCGAUGCUGCGUCUGUCAAUUCGACGGGAUCAGACCUUGAUCCUGAAGCCAAAGCCUUCAAGCCGAAGGAAGCUUCAUUGAAAGACACAAGUAUCAAAACCAGCUCAACACGGUCUUCAACCUUGGCUGCUCCACAGAGUGAAGUAUCAGAAGAGAUGCGUGCUCAACUUGCUGCCCUCUCCAGCAAUUUCACCCAGGAAGAGCGUAUCGAAGUGUCACCAUCUCUACCAUUUCCCAAAGAAAUCACCAACAAGAAGACCGAGUUCCUCGCCCUGGGCAAAUGCGAGCCAUACCAAGAAUUUCUCCAACUUAUCUCCGUCAAAUCCACAACAUCUCCCGAGCAGGAAAUUGUUCGGCCUCUCAAGAUCUCUUAUGACCCAGAAUGGCUUGCCAUACAACGUGUCUUCGCUCCCGAACUCCAGCUAGGUGGCCACCCCACAGAAAAGGUUCCAAUUCAUCGUGGGGACACAUACUACCACAACCGAAUCAUCGAGGAGCAGGAAUGGGUCAACGAGCAUGUUGUGAAGCUAGGCAAACUAAUUGUCCCGGAGAACUUCAGCUUUACAGCACCCAUUUACGACCCCAGCUUGGAAUUCGGACCGAACGACAUGCCACGAGAGAUGACCAACCCUCAAACCAGCAAUUAUUGUGAGCUGAUUGGAAUUGAAAACAAGUUUGACAUAAGUGAGGAAGAAAGAGACUUCAGAAUGCAGCAAGGUCCCAGACCAGAAAGCGCUGGUUAUGUUGACUAUCAUAGCCGACCUCGUGGAGGACAUGGUGGUGGACGUGGUCGUGGUGGUGGACAGGGCUUUGGCAAUCGAGGUGGUGGUGGAAGGGGUGGCCGAGGCGGCGGUAGAGGAAGAGGUCGUGGCCGUCGAUGA